AAAAGAUGCCAAUAACAGCCUUCUGGACAACUGAGAAUCACAAGCAGCAUUAAAAAGGAAAGCAAGUCAAGCCAGCAAUCAAAUCUUUUCCACUUUCUCCACAGAACCCCAAAACUCUUCUCCUUCCUCAGCAGGUGACAGACGAGAGAGAAAAGAACCGGAAGAGAGUUUUUGAGCUGGAAAAAAUUGAUUAUGUGGAACUCAGAUAUUCCAUGAAAAGGUCAAGGGGGAUAAUUUCCAAAUUCUGAGAAAGAGGGAAAUAUCUGGAAGUCAGUGGGGAGAAAGAGGUCACCUGGAUAGCUACAGAGGGCAGACAGUAACGCAAGCCUCACCCUGUGAGGAAGGAAGCAGUCGCUUGAAUCAAAGCACCACCAAAGAAAUCGUUUUGAUCUCCUCGAAAAUCGAAGAAUAUCAUUGGUGGAAAAGCCCCACAGAGGUGUAUAUAGUGGGAAAAGCACAGAUUUCAAGUCACAGGUGAUUAUGCACGAGGGGACCGACACUGGAGAGAAGCCGUACCCGUGUUCUCAAUGUGGCAAAAGCUUUAGCAAGGAAGCGACCCUGGAGAAUCACAAGAGGACUCACACUGGGGAGAAACCGUAUGAGUGUCCAGAUUGUGGGAAGCGUUUCAGUUGGAAUUCCGACUUGGUGAUACACAAGAGGACUCACACCGGAGAGAAACCGUAUGAGUGUCCCGAUUGCGGGAAAUGUUUCAGUUGGAAUUACAAACUGGUGAAACACCAGAGGACUCACACCGGAGAGAAACCAUAUGAAUGUCCAGAUUGUGGGAAAAGUUUCAGUUGGAAUUCCAACUUGGUGAUACACCAGAGGACUCACACCGGAGAGAAACCGUAUGAGUGUCCCGAAUGUGGGAAAAGUUUCAGUUGGAAUUCCAACCUUCUGGCACACCGGAGGACUCACACAGGAGAGAAACCAUAUGAGUGUCCGGAUUGUGGGAAAAGUUUCACUUCGAAUUCCCACCUGGUGAGACACCAGAGCACUCACACAGGAGAGAAACCUUAUGAGUGUCCGGAUUGUGGGAAAUGUUUCAGUCAGAAUUCCAACCUUCUGGCACACCGGAGGACUCACACAGGAGAGAAACCAUAUGAGUGUCCGGAUUGUGGGAAAAGUUUCAAUUCGAAUUCCCAACUGGUGAUACACCAGAGGACUCACACAGGAGAGAAACCCUAUGAGUGUCUGGAUUGUGGGAAAAGUUUCAAUUUGAAUUCCCAACUGGUGAUACAUCAGAGGACUCACACAGGAGAGAGACCGUAUGAGUGUCUGGAUUGUGGGAAAAGUUUCAUUCGGAAUUCCUACCUGGUGAUACACCAGAGGACUCACACAGGAAAGAAACCGUAUGAGUGUCCAGAUUGUGGGAACAGUUUCAGUCGGAAUUGCCAGCUGGUGUCACACCAGAGGACUUACACAGGAGAGAAACCGUAUGAGUGUCUGGAUUGUGGGAAAAGUUUCCGUUGGAAGUCCAGCCUGGUGAUACACCAGAGGACUCACACAGGAAAGAAACCGUAUGAGUGUCCGGAUUGUGGGAACAGUUUCAGUCGGAAUUGCCAGCUGGUGUCACACCAGAGGACUCACACAGGAGAGAAACCGUAUGAGUGUCUGUAUUGUGGGAAAAGUUUCCGUUGGAAGUCCCAGCUGGUGAUACACCAGAGCACUCACAUAGGGUACAAUCCUUAUGAGUGUCCAGAUUGUGGGAAGUGUUUCAGUCAGAAUUCCAGCCUGUUGUCGCACCAGAGGACUCACACAGGAGAGAAGCCACAUGAGUGUCCGGAUUGUGGGAAAGAUUUCCGUCUCAGGUCUAGCCUUAUGAAUCAUGUAGUUUUACACAUAGGAGAGAAACCAUUCAAAUGCCCAGACUGUGGAGAGUGCUUCACAAGAAAGUUCUCCCUUUGCAGACACAAGAAAAUCCACAAGGGGCAGAAGGUGAUGAGUGUAGAGAAGGAUUGGCUCGAGGUCCAUGGCUCCCAGGAAUUUGUUGCCACCCUCUCUCCAGCCAUGGGCCCCCCCAUCUUGCCUGCGAUCGUUCCUUGCACCGCUCCCUCCCCUGUUGCUACUGGAUUCCAUGUUCUGGCCUCAAACCUCUGGAGCAGGCAUUCUACUGCCCCGCGUAGUGCUGCCAUAUCUUGUUCCAGCCUCAUCACUCUGCUCUCCGAUCCCACUGGUGCCAUGGAGAAUACACAGAUGCCCUCUUCCCUGUGGCAGCCUGCGAUCACUGGAGUACUGAACUUCCCAUUCAAUCUGACUCAUAAAUGGCGCUGUAGAAAGAAGCAAACCCCGCGCCAGAAAGCUGUCAAUCCAGCAGCGGCCUCUGUGGUUGCUGAGGACCGACAUCCAACGGGAGGGGGAGCGGGGGAGUUGAAACAAUGGAGCAUUGGAUGGCUAGAGGGGAUGUCGGAGGAGUGGAGGGGGGCAGAGGAAGUUCCUGUUCGGGCUCCCGCCUGGGGGGAGAGCGGCGCGGAGGAGCGCUCUGUGGUCUUCGCGGGGUCGGAGCAGCAGCGGCGGGAGGUGAGCGGAGGCCGGGAGGGAGGCGAGGGCGGGAGCGCGCGGGGCUGCCUCGUUUCCUCCGCGGGGAGAGCCAGGAAACAGUUGCUUGAAUCAAAGAACCACCAAAGAAGGAUCAGAAAUAGUUUUGAUCUCCUUGAGAGUCCAAGAAUAUCAUUGGUGGAAAAGCCCCACAGAGGUUUUGUGGGGGAAAGCACAGAUUACAGGUCACAGCUGAUUAUGCAUGAGACGACCAACACUGGCAAGAAGACCUAUCAGUGUUCUCGAGGUGGGAAAUGCUUUAUCAAGGACACGACCCUGGUGAAUCACAAGAGGACUCAAACCAGAGAGAAAUUGUAUCACUGUCCAGAUUGUGGGAAAUGUUUCAGUCGGAAUUCCAGCCUGGUGACACACCAGAGGACUCACACAGGAGAGAAACCAUACAAGUGUCCAGAUUGUGGGAAAAGUUUCCGUUGCAGUUCUGACCGGGUGAAACACCAGAGGACACACACAGGAGAGAAACCGUAUGAGUGUCCAGAUUGUGGGAAAAGUUUCAUUCGGAAUUCGGACCGGCUGAAACACCAGAGAACUCACACAGGAGAGAAACCGUAUGAGUGUCCAGAUUGUGGGAAAAGUUUCAGUCAGAAUUCCCACCUGGUGAUACACCAGAGGGCUCACACAGGAGAGAAACCGUAUGAGUGUCCGGAUUGUGGGAAAAGUUUCAGUCUGAAUUCCAACUUGGUGAUACACCAGAGCACUCACACAGGAGAGAAACCGUAUGAGUGUCCAGAUUGUGGGAAAAGUUUCAGUCGGAAUUCCAACCUGCUGAUACACCAGAGGACUCAUACAGGAGAAAAACCGUAUGAGUGUCUGGAUUGUGGGAAAAGUUUCAGUUGGAAGUCCAACCUUGUGAUACACCAGAGGACUCACACAGGAGAGAAACCAUAUGAGUGUCUGGAUUGUGGGAAAACUUUCCGUCAGAAUUCCAACCUGGUGAUACACCGGAGCAUUCACACAGGAGAGAAACUGUAUGAGUGUCUGGAUUGUGGGAAAAGUUUCAGUCAGAAUUCCAACCUGGUGAGACACCAGAGGACUCACACAGGAGAGAAACCAUAUGAGUGUUCGGAUUGUGGGAAGCAUUUCAGUUGGAAUUCCAACCUGGUGAAGCACCAGAGGAGUCACACAGGAAAGAAACCAUAUGAGUGUCCAGAUUGUGGAAAGCGUUUCAGUUGGAAUUCCGACCUGGUGAUACAUCAGAGGACUCACACAGGAGAGAAACCAUAUGAGUGUCCAGAUUGUGGGAAAAGUUUCAUUCGGAAUUCUGACCGGGUGAAUCACCAGAGAACACACACAGGAGAGAAACCGUAUGAGUGUCCGGAUUGUGGGAAAAGUUUCAGUCAGAAUUCCAACCUGGUGAGACAUCAGAGGACUCAUACAGACAAACCGUAUGAGUGUCCGGAUUGUGGGAAAAGUUUCCACUGGAAUUCCCACCUGGUGAUACACCAGAGGACUCACAGAGGAGAAAAACCUUAUGAGUGUCCGGAUUGUGGGAAAAGUUUCCGUUGGAAUUCCCAACUGUUGAUACACCAGAGGACUCACACAGGAGAAAAACCAUAUGAGUGUCCGGAUUGUGGUAAACGUUUUAGUCGGAAUUCCAACCUUGUCUUACACCAGAAGGCUUAUGCAGGAGAAAAACCGUAUGAGUGUCCAGAUUGUGGGAAAAGUUUCAUUCGGAAUUCUCACCUUGUGAUGCACCAGAGGACUCACACAGGAGAGAAACCGUAUGAGUGUCCGGAUUGUGGGAAACGUUUCAGUCGGAAUCAUGAACUGUUGAUACACCAGAGGACACACACAGGAGAGAAACCCUAUGAGUGUCCAGAAUGUGGGAAAAGUUUCAGUUCCAAGUCCAAGCUGGUGAUACACCAGAGGACUCACAGAGGAGUUAAACCAUAUAAGUGUCCAGAAUGUGGGAAAAGUUUCAGUCAGAUAUCCAACCUAGUGAUACACCAGAGGACUCACACAGGAGAGAAACCGUAUGAGUGUCCAGAUUGUGGGAAAGAUUUCCGUCUUAGGUCUGGCCUUAUAAAUCAUGUAGCUUUACACAUAGGAGAGAAACCCUUCAAAUGCCCAGACUGCGGAGAGUGCUUCACAAGAAAGUUCUCCCUUAGCAGACACAAGAAAAUCCACAAGGGGCAGAAGGUGAUAAGUGUAGAGAAGGCUUGAAUUUCUGAUCUCCCAUUGAACAUCCAGCUGAAAAGUAUUUAUUUAAUUUCUGGGCUGAUUUAUUUUGGUCAAACAUGUCUCAGUAUUAAGAGAUGAGGAAGGAGAGGAAAAAAUGGAAAAUGUUAGUUUGUACUAACAUUUGGCCAACUACAUGUACCUGGCUAUCAUCAGAACUCCCCAGUAAGCUGCUGCAGGUCCUAAAAGAUACAUGAAAAAAAGAGUGGAGCACUCAGAUUUUAUGAGAGAAUAUAU